UCAACGUGAUCUAACGUCUUAAACGAUAAAAGUUCUGCAGUAGUUAUUAACAGAUAACAAGUGAAUUGCAACAAAAUACUGAAAUGAAUGCCAACAUACAAAUUUCAAUUAUAAAUGCAUGUGUGGAUGAGAAAAGCAUGCUAUUAAAUUUGAUGGAAGAAUUCCCACAAACAUUUAAUAAGAGUGACGUAUAUAUACAUGUACGUACAAUAGAUAAAAAUAUGCACAGUCUAACAAAAUUAAAGGAAGACAUAAUUUCUCUCAUUCAUGAGCUAACGAAUACGACCGAUAUCAUUCUCAUACUUAGUGCAAACUCAUUAAAAAAUAUCAUAAUUGAAACAAUUGAUGAAGUCAACGAUGCAAAAACUACAAUCGUAAAAUUGAUUGCAAAAAUUCCAAUACUUCUAAAGCCCAGUAUUUCUGAAUUUCUACAUUAUUCAUAUCGAAAAAACACAUUAAUUUUUUGCUCGAUUGCCGACGAAACACAAAUAAUAAAUAUUGUAAAAUCAAGUGCAAAUUCAAUGAUACUUGCCGCAUAUUUACUGCGAAAUGUUCUUACAAUUUGUAACGAGUGUAAUCAUCUACACAAAAGAGAAGGCCAAGAGAUAUCAUUAAACGCGAAUAUAAAGUCCAUUUAUCAAGAAGACCAAACAAUGUUGUGUAGUGAUAAUGGACAAUCUUCUUCCUUAAAAGUGGAAGAAGAAAAAGAUAUGUUUAUAUCUAAUUCAUCAUCUAAUUCAACUAAUCCUAAAAACUUACAAGUGAACAAAGCCGGCAUAUCUACAAGGCAAAUAUGUCAAACUACAGUUUCUAAAGACGAAGCGCUAUUAAAAAUAACCAGUUCAAUUGAUACGAAACUCUUACAAACAGAAACUGUGAACAUAAAAGACGCCUUUGGCAGACGAAUAUACAAAGGAGUAGCAAUAGUAAAAGACUGUAAGUCACAAAACAAUCCGGUUAAACCUUCCACUGAGAUGAUAUCUGAAUGGACGAGUACAAAAUACAUGACAUGGGGCGAAACUGCGGUUAUACCAGCAGACAAGGUAGCAAGAUCUUCUGAUGACAGGAAAAACGAAAUUGAAACAGAGUCAGACAAGAUAAAAUAUGAAGAAAAUGAUCAAAUUUUUGAUAGCGAUAUAGAAAGUGGAGAACUAAUUGUACAUCCUAGUAUAUGUAUGGGUUCAACGGAAAUAGGACUUCUGACAGCGUGUGGCUGGAAACAAGUGAAUGUUAUUAAAGAAAUACCUAUUGGUGUAUUGACUAUUGGAGAUAAGUUACAGGAACAUGGAGGACCUUUACAACCAGAAUAUUCAUAUGACAGCAAUCGGGCAAUUUUAAUCUCACUAUUAAAAGAAAAUGGUUUUAAUUCUUUGGAUUUUGGAAUUUCCACUAGAAAUUCGACAAUUAUAAUACAGAAAAUCGAAGAAGCUCUAAAAACUGUAGAUUUACUUGUGACAACUGGCUGUUCUAAUGAUAAAGACUGUUUGAAGACUAUUUUAAAGAGCAACUUUAAUGCCACAUUGUAUUUUGAAAAUGUUAAUAUAAAACCAGGAAAGUCAACGGCAUUUGCAUCGUGCGAUUUCAAAGGCAAAACCAAAUAUAUCUUAUGUUUGCCAGGAAAUCCAGUAUCCGUUCUCGUCACCGCGCAUUUAUUCCUUUUACCUCUUGUCAAAUGGAGACAUUCAAAUUACAAUAAGAAUAUUAGUGUGAUGGUUAAAAUAAAACAAGAAUUGCUUUUACAUUCACGUCCACGAUAUGUGUGGGCGACUUUAUCAUGGUCCGAAAAAAAAAAAUCCGCUGAAAUUAUCUGCAGAGAAAAUAGUUUGAUGAAUAACAAAUUAUCUAGUAUUAUAGAUGCUAAUGCACUCUUAACACUACCGGCAAAAACAUCAGAGAGUGAUACGCUAAUGGCUUCAUCACCUGUAAAAGCAAUGCUAAUCAAAUUUCCUGUUUCAUACAAAAACAGUGAAAACUAGGUUUUUAAAUAGUUAGUAUCACUAAUAAGAAAAUACUAAUAUACAUACUAAAAUACUAAUAUACAUAAACUUUGACAUUAGCCAAACAUUUUUUAUUAAUUUAAUAGAAUAGUUUUUGUAAUAUAACAAAUAAGGGAGAAUAUACUACUAAUGACUGACAGAAAAUAUUUGUUUCUUAUAAAAUUAUAAAUGCAAUUUCUUUUAGA